AUGUCUAAAGAUCAGCAGCAAAGCGUUCCAAGUUUCUCGGAAAGUGAGUUAUUAUUCCAGCUUCUCUUCAAAUUUACCUUGUUUCAGUACGUCAACGCCUUCAAAGUGGCGAAGACUUUGAUUUGGCACACCGACUACAAGAGAGAGAAUAUGAAAUGUAGGCGGAAUCGGCGCCCCCUUCUCGCGCCCGCAGAAGUUUCACUUUUGAUUUGAUAAUUCGGCAGGUACUACAAUCACAAUCGUAAUGUGAAUGGAACGAUAGUGAAUGAUCGGAAAAAGACGAGGGAGGAACAGAGGGCUGAGGACGAACACUCGACGGCGCUGAGGAGAAUGGGUCAGGCGGAGAGGUGGGAAACUGAAAAAGAAAAAGUUGAAGGGGAAAUAAUCGUAUUUCAGAUGUAUGACUGACGAGGAAUAUGCGAGAAAGUUGCAAGAGGAGAUGGACAGAAUGGACACUGCAGAACAGACGGAUAAGGAAGCUCAGUUGAGGGAGGAUGCCCGAUUGGCGUGGAUGCUUCAGCAGGAAUCCUCCAAUCAGCAACCUUUGCAAGACCUGAUUUCUUUCCAAGACGAGGUACCUCCCCAGCCGGUGAUGGUGAAUGAAGUGCAGUAUAAUAACAUGGCUAAUCAGUUUCUUGGUUUGUGCAUGAACUUCCUUCACUCAGCCAAAUAGAUCCUUGUAGAAGAGCAGCCAGCUCCGCCCACUUAUCCCAUUCACCUGUCACCCACUAACCCGUUCUUGCACGACGUUGAAGAGUACUAUGCACAACAACAGAGGAGUUGAAGUGUGUUCUUUGGCUGAAAACCAAACAACUAACAGAAUAAACAAGUGUGUUAUUGUUUUCAGUCGCCGACAUCGCCACCGCCAUCGUCCACUCGAUCAUCGGCUAACAACUCAUGAAUCACUUCGACUUUCCCUUUCUCUGGUCAUUGAUACACGCGCUCUUCCGAUCCAUUUAUCCGUUCCUCCCAAUAAACAACUCUCUUUAUAAGUCCAAUUUGGUUCGUUCCUCGUCUCGGUUCGAGAAUAAGGUCAGCUGGGUAAUUUGGACGGGGAAAAGAGCGAAAAGAACAACCCGAGUAGUGGGUUGUUAGGAGACAGGUCAAGAGGGGAGGGGCAGUGUAUUUAAGGUUGGCCGAGACUGGUCCGACCUCCGACAUUCGGGUCGCCACUUCCUUCUCCCCGACUGCUACCACCAUGAAACAUCUUCUCAUUGCUUCUCUUGUUUUCACGGUCAGUUAUUAUCGUUUACAAAACAUUGCGCAUUUCGUUUCCCUUUGUUUCGGCCGUUGCGACAUCCUGUUUUUUCAGAUUGGCGUCUGGAAUGUUUUGUGUGAAACUGACAUGUACGAUGAUUCAUCGAUAGUAAAGACCGAAGAAGCGGAAGAGGAGAAACCUUGUGAGUACUUCUCUUCAGAGUGCACUCAUUCCGAAUUCAAUUGUGCAUAGGUGCUACGAACGAAGUGUGGAUGGUGUGUUCUUCAUGCGAAGAAGAGUGCGGGAAACCUCCGCAGCCGUGUCCGAGGGUCUGCCAGCCCGCCCGUUGUCAGUGCCCGGCUCACAAGGGAUACCGUCGGGACAGCGACGGAAACUGCAUCUUCUGCCACACCACCAGUCCAUGA